AUGUCCAUCACCGACUCCACCUCCUUCGUCGUCCCACCCUCCAACUCGUCCGACGACGACGUUGACUCGCUCCCUUCCGAGGCCACCACCGAGAGCCUUGACUAUGAUGAGAACGAGGCCGAGCGCGAGUGGCGCGAGAGCUUGCAGCAGCUUGAGCUCCUCCUGACCAUGGUUGUUGUGCCCUACUUGGGCAAGUACUUUGGCCGCAAGUGCGCAUACUGGGGGUGGGCCAAGUUCAUGGAGUGGAAGUACCCAGUUGAAGUCCAAGUCACCAGCUCUACCGCAUUCAAGGCCGCCGGAGCCGUCCAGGCCGCUGCAUCCCUAUAG